AUGUCAACUGAGCCUAUAAUUCCAAGUACACCUAAAUGUGAAUUAUUUGGGGAUUUUGGAUGGUCCAUGCAAGCAUUAUUAGGUGUGAUAUCUUUUUCAUUUCUUAUCCUGAAGAGGUAUCUUGAUUUUGAAAGGAGAAUUUGAACUAUAUGAUUUAUGGAUACAUCGAAACAAGCUUUAAGCUCUUUGCUUACUCAUUUAUUUAACCUUGCCUUGGCCUAUGAAAUCGGGAGUACCAAAUUAGAAUCUAACCCCUGCACAUGAUAUUUUUUAAGUAUGCUUGUGGAUGCUAUAAUAGGGACUAUGAUUUGUUUUUUACUGCUUCACGGUAUAGAAGAGAUUUUAAGUUCAAAUAAAACUUUUUCAUUUAAAUCUGGAUAUUAUGGAGAAUACCCAGAUUGAGGAACUUGGGCUUUUCAAGCAAUUGUAUGGAUUUGUAUUGUGUUAAGUAUGAAGAUCCUAAUAGUAGGAGUUAUGGUGGUAUUUGGGAAAUCUAUUGAAUAUACUGGAGAAAUUCUUUUAGCACCUCUUAGUGAUUAUCCAAGGCUUGAAUUGUUGUGCAUUAUGAUUAUUUUCCCUAUUCUUAUUAAUGGGCUAGUUUUUUGGGUUACUGAUGGGUUUUUAAAAAUGAACGAAAAAGACCUUGUGAUACACAUCCCAAUUAAUAAGAAACCAAGUAAAUAUUAUACAAAUUUAUCAGUUUAA